CCCAGUUGGGAUAUAAAGUGGUCGCGUGCUUGCAAGCUCAGUCACUCUGUCCCGUGGUGUCCACGAUCCUCGCAGACGCUCACGAUAAAAAGCUCCGCGACAACACUCGACAACACCCCUGCAUCGCACCUCCACGACUCUGCGACCCACCCCCGACAAGAUCGAAAAUAUCAUGUCGUCUCUCCGAGCCGUCAUAUUCUUGGCCAUGGCCCUGAUACUCCUGAUCGACUGGUCCACGGCUCUUCCAGCCCCCGACAAAGAAAGACUUCUGAACGAGGUAGACCUGGUGGACGAUGACGGAAGCAUCGAGACAGCCCUGAUCAAUUACCUGUUCACGAAGCAGAUCGUGAAACGGCUCCGGAGUCAGCUGGACAUCGGCGACCUUCAACGUAAACGCAGCUACUGGAAGCAAUGCGCUUUCAACGCCGUCUCUUGCUUUGGCAAAUAGAUCCAACCGUCCUCAGUCUGAGCAAACCGCGAGCCAAGCUUUCUUCUACGUCUGUCCAUUUUUCUUCCAUGUCCGACGCUAGUUAUUAAAAUCGAGUAUAGCUCGAGGAGAUUUCAACCAGCUGUGGUCACCUUCACGUCCGCGAUUUUCUAAGCUCCUUCAAUAUUAUCGGGUCGACGAUUAGUUUUUGUAUCUUGUUUGAGGAUUGUUUCGUUUUUUUAAUGUAAUCAAGAUCUUGUAUCGACGUUGGUUCUCAGCAUGCUUCCAUCGUCUUAUUCAUUUUACACAGUAUCGAACGACAGAUGUGCUCGACAGAAUUUAAUUAGGAUAUUCUUAGCGACAAUUCGAGCAUUGAUUUAUUUCAAUUGGAACAGGUUCGAAACGAAAUUCGUACAACGAUUAGAGUCGAUUGAUGUUUUGCGUGUCCACCGUCCAUCAUACAUAUCUCACGAAAUCACUAUAAAAGUUACAAAAUGGAUUAUUCGACAUCUGGAUCAACCUGUUCAUUUCAGAGGAAUGAAUUAGUUUUAACAUCAUAUUUCCCCCAAAUGAAUACUCUUAAUUUCAAAUAUAAACGAAUAAAUUUAUUCUGAUCGUGUUGAGUGCAUCAGUUAUUUCCACGUCACGUGACAGGGAUAACGGUGUUCGAAUACAUGCCAGAAUUUCGCGGGGGUGAUGUUGACGGAGCUAAUUCCCACGACGCUCUCUCUCCGUAUUCGAUAUUAAGAAAGAAAAUCGUAGAUUAGCGACAUAAAUACUGAAAAAUAAAAAAAUCUGGAAAGCUUUUCCCGUCGGUCGAACGACGUACCCCAACGGUGAUAGCACGUGACCCAAUCCCCAUCUCGCGUUUUCUCGCUUUCCUUUCGUGUAUAGAAUUUACGGUGGUUCGUCAUUGAGCGACGGAAUGGAGUGUAACGUUACACCGUUAUAAAUCAGUGUUUACGUCCGCGAAUACGCGGCCGGCUGUAAUGGAGGGUGUUCAAUAAAGAGUUUAUUUCCGUUGUAA